GCACCACAGUGGUGAAGCCACAAGAAACAAAAAACCUGACACUGCGGGUCACACCUUUCAGUUCUAAAUUAAGCCAGGACAACACAACAGUGGUCUCGCAGCUUCCUUUAACACGAGUGCAAUUGGAGAGUGGGCGCAGUCCAUGCCUUGAGUUCUGCAGCUGGUGGGGCCAGGAGCUUUCAUUGCCUGGCUCUGACACCUUGGGCCACCCAGGUGCAGUCGCUGUUGUGCCUGAUGAAGCCCCUGCACUGCAGCCUUUUCAAAUCACACUUGCUGUCAUCUGGAAGGCAGCAGUGGAACAGGACGGAUCAGUACGUGUGGUCAGAGGCCAGCAUCAUGUGUUGCUGCGGGAAUUUCAUACAGUAUACUCUUCCUUUCCAGGACACAAGCCAGCAGACUUGAAACCAGCAAUUCCAGUACAUCCUUCUGUUAGCCUGGUGGCACCAACAUUUCAGUAUGUGCGCUGUGCAUUGGUACACCCUGUUCAAGUCAAACAUGACUUUGUAACCAACAGACUGUUGGUGAUACCAGUGAGUCUUCUUGUGCAUAAUCCUAGCUUUAGGCCAGUCACAGUCACAGUGGAGCCAAGCAACAGGGCACCAGCUGCUGGAACAAGCCCUACGAUGACUCCAGACAUGGUGGCAACGGAUGCUGGUGGUUUUAGCUGGACAACAGCUGUGAGGCGUCAUUUGCCGAUCAAGUCUCAUACAACGGCUGCGGUAGCUCUGUCAGCCACUUUUUCAAAGGCUGGCACAUACAACAUGGCUGCCCUGCACGUGAGCGUGCUCACAGAUGAUGGACGUCUUUCACAUGAACUGCUGUGUCCUAGUCUCAUGGUGGUACAACAGCCACAAACUCUCUAGGCUUUAUUUUUAAUGCCAUGGGCCAUUUCACUCUGCUGGUGGAAGACCGAGAUGUCACUACAGUGGAAGUACUAAAUAUGUGCUUAUGGACACUGUCCAUGUUGAGUAAUAUUCACACUAUGAACGCACACCAUGGCCCUGAAGCAGUCGAUUGACUGACAGGUUGAAAUGAGCAGCUGCAGUGCCAUUGAAGAACAGUUGUAUUGCUCUGGUUUUUUUUAAUUUCAGACUGGCUGUGGUAGAACAUGUGUAUUAAAACUAAUUUUUUUAGGGAAGUGCAUUGGUGUGCCAGGUGCCAAUGCUUUGUCGGGGGUUUUCAACCUAACAAGCAGGGAGCUGGUAAAUCGCAAUCAGUCUGGCGAGCGUCAUUUUGUGAGAAGGAAGCCUUGGGAAAGUUUAUGCUGUCCAGAGUGUAAACUUGUGUACAACAUGCACAGAAUAUAUCUUUGAAGCCACCUUUUCCAGAUAAGGGGCACCAUGUGACUUUUGGUGUGCUUGGCAUAUACUCCUGCUUUAAAAUGCUUGAGGCAUUGUCAUGUACUUACCAAUAAAACGAAACAAAAACAUGACACACACCUGCAUUAACAUACCAACAUGAGCUUUCAUAUCUUGUGCAUCUGUAGUUACACUGUAUAGUAAAGUGGGCCUAUUAAAGAUAUUUUAUUGAAUAUGAUAGUGUGUAAUGACUGCUAGUGUAUGUUAAGACUCGUGUAGUCCCACAUUUUCUUUUUAGUAUUGGAAACUGUCUGCAUCCAAGAGCAAAAGUGUUGCCACAUUUCUAUUGUCACAUGCAAUUUAUGAAUCACAGAGCUUAAAAGGCACAGUCUACAAGAUAUUCUUUUGAGCUAGGUUGGCGACUCAAUGAUUUGAAUGACAGUUAAGACGAACCUGCUAUUGCAGGAAUCCAUAAAAUGCUGUCCUUGGGCACCCAGCAGAUGUCUAUAUUGAACGACAAGCUGAGCCUGAUAUCCUGUAUAAAAUUUCAAAUACUUCAAGAAUUUAUGUUGCAGUAGAAUUUAGUGUGUAAUGAUGCUUCAGUCAAAAUUAUGGAUGUAGUCAUGUACAUUUAGUUCAUAAUACUAUGGAGUAUAUUACUGCCAGUCGGCAAAUAGGGGAAGCACAUGUGCAUCUUUUUCUCCUGAAUGAAUCACAUCCUCAUGUGCCAUAAAAGUACAGAAAUUCUUAUACUUAAAGUUUUACGCUAGCUGCUUCAAAAUUUCUCUUAUAUCUUCAUUUAAAAUGUACUGAACUUGAAAACUUCACAUAUUUCAUGCUUCUCUCCUGCAUGACUGUAAAGUUUAUUACUUUGGGCUCAUAAAUUUUAAAGGAGCACUGACAUAAUAUUUAAAAGGUGAGAUAAUAAGCGAGAUAGAUAUAUGUGGAGACGUACGCAACAUAAAGAUAUCAAGGGCAAACAACCUAGAACAUAUUUAAAAUCAAUUUUUAAAGUGCACACCACGAGACUGAGCGAGAUGCGGAGCCCCUAGCGACACCGACAUCAAUGCAUAAGCAGUGUAAACAAACGCUCUUGCCUUACACUUCAUUUCCUCCUCCAUGCCUGUAGCUUUGCGUGUGCUGGCUGUGCUGUGACGUGGCCAGCUGUGUUUACCUUGCCCCCGAAACUGCUGCUGCCUGGCUCGGUGCUACUUGAAUCCGAAAUUGCGAUUGCGUGCUCUGAAAAAAUCUCUAAAUAAAUAACCCUUGUGCACUCGCACAAAUGAGGUUUUCAGCUGUGAUAAGUUGGUCAUAAUCUGCCUAUUACCAAAAAAUAAUGUUUGUGUCAGUGCUUCUUUAAUAUACAUUAAAUUUAAUAUCUUUAGUGUAUUUUUAUAUUCCUACCAUUUCUAGAAACUUGCAAAAACACAGUGGACAAUAUCGCUACUCAAAUACCUAAAGAAACUCUGAUACAUUUUGCCACUUAUACAAAAUUUCAAGUACGCCUUGUUAACAAUUUUACUGUGUAGUGUAAAGCUUAUAUGUUUUUCUCAAAUAGUACCCUAGUGAUAGAUAGUGAAUUGUUUGCAAUGAGGGUGAGUGUAGCCACAUGUGAAACAUUGUAUGCAUGCCAGGCACAUGGAAAAUGCAUUCACAUUUCGCCAUGUUUUUGAAGAGUGCAUAUGAAGCCCUGACCUUUACCAGCAAUGUCUAAUAGAGGUCUGUUUUGCAUGAAUAAAGUUUAAUGUGCUGUUUGA